GAAUAGAGGUGCGUUGUGUCGGUUGGUGUGUGAGUGUGGAGCCGCUGGCUGGGUCUGAGAGGAAAAUGGCGGACGAGUCUGCUGUUAAAGUGUGUGUUCGGGUCCGACCCUUUAUAAAACGAGAGGAAGCGGAUAAUGCAGAGCCUGUACAGCUGCACUGGAAGGCUGACAAACAGGCUAUACAUCAGAUUGACGAUGAUGGCAAUAUGACCAAAAGUUUCAGUUUUGACAGGGUUUUUAGUGCAGAAGAAUCCACCAAGCAGCUCUAUAACGACAUCGCCAAACCCCUGGUGGUGUCCACUGUAGAAGGAUACAAUGGAACUAUAUUUGCGUAUGGGCAGACUUCCUCUGGAAAGACUUUUACAAUGAUGGGCAGUGAGCACAACCCUGGCGUGAUCCCUCUUGCCAUGGCGGACGUUUUUCAUACGAUCAAAAAUUGUCCGAAGAAAGAGUUUCUUCUGCGUGUGAGCUAUAUGGAAAUUUAUAACGAAACAGUUACAGAUCUCCUGUGCGAUAGCUGGAAAAGAAAACCUCUGGAAAUCCGUGAAGGCAACUACAAAAACGUCUACGUGGCUGAUUUGACGGAAGAGCUGGUGACCUCGCCGAAUCAAGCGCUGGCCUGGAUCCAGAAAGGAGAAAAAAACCGACAUUAUGGGAAGACUAAAAUGAACCAGAGGAGCAGUCGCUCUCACACCAUUUUCCGCAUGAUCUUGGAGAGCAGAGAGAGAAGUGACCCAGCGUCUGGUGAAAAUAGAGACAGCGCCAUCAUUGUGUCCCAUUUGAACUUGGUGGAUCUUGCUGGGGCCGAACGUGCGAGUCAGACUGGAGCUGAGGGGGCCCGUUUGAAAGAGGGAUGCAAUAUCAAUCGCAGUCUCUUCACCUUGGGACAAGUCAUCAAAAAACUGUCUGAUGAAAGCCAGAAGGGUUUCACGAACUACAGAGACAGCAAACUAACCCGCAUCCUUCAAAAUUCUCUGGGUGGCAACGCCAAGACGGUCAUCAUCUGCACCAUCACGCCAGCUACUGUGGAUGAAACCGUGAGCACUUUACAGUUUGCCAGUACGGCAAAGCGUAUGAAGAACGAUCCUCAUGUAACAGAGGUCUCGGAUGACGGUGCACUUUUGAGAAGAUACCGUGAUGAAAUCGCAGAUCUCAAACAACGUCUUCAAGAGGUUUCUUCAAUCACUCAAACAACUGCGACCGAGAAGGAGAGCCUGACCCAGCUCCUACAAGAGAAGGAUCAACUCCAGAGAGAGCAAGCAGAUAGAAUAAGGAACCUAACAAAGCUUUUGGUGACCUCCUCAAAUGUGGGCCCUGUCCAAAAGAUUCCCAAGAGAAGAGUGACAUGGGGUGGAAAGCUCUUAAAGUCGCCUCUGUUAAUGUCCAAUGACGAUGGAUCUCCUGAUAUGAGCUUUGCUGAGCCCUUUUUGAAAAAGAGGAAAGCUGAUCUUACUGUGACCGAGGAGAGUGAAGACAUGGAGGAAUUUGACACCCCGUGUUUUUACUCCAGUGUGGAGGACUGCCCCAUGAACCAGAGUAAUGUGACAAUACGCUGCUCUGCAGAAGGUGAGUACACCGACUCGCCCCAAGUCCAUUUCAGAAUUGAAUGUUUGGAGCGUCAGUUAGAGACUGAAACUCAGGAGAAGCAAAAGGCUGAAGAGAAGAGCAUGAUGCUGGAGCAGCGGACAGAAGAGCUUGAGAAACAACUACAGUCCUUGGAGCAACAACUGGAGGUGGAGGUGCAGGAAAAGCAGAGAGCUGAGCAGAAGUGUUCCACGCUGGAGCUGAAGGUUGCGGAGCGAGAAAAGCCUUCCGAGUCGGAGGAUGACUGCAAAGCCCGUGAGCAAUGUCUAGAGGAGGCUGUACAGCUCUGUCACACGCUGAGCUCUGAAAGGGAAGUAAUUGCUGCAGAACGGGACUUGCUGAAGCAAAGACUUGAGCUCUUGAUGCAGGACAAUCAGGCACUUGUGAAAAACCAGGAGACUCUCCUGAGAGACAUUGAAGAACAGAAAGAUGCAGAGGAGUUUGAGAAACUUGAGGAGGAGACCAAGAAGGACUAUGAGCGAGAGUUGGAGGCUGAAAUUUCAGCAUUGAAAACUGCUUUGGUAGAUACAGAAGAUCUGGUCCAAAAGCUGAAGUCUGAUCUGGAGAUGAUGUCAGGGGAGCUGAAAAAGAAGAAUGACUUGGUGGCUGAUCUGCAGAGUUUGGACGGUAGGGACCUUGUUCAAGAGGUCACGCAGCUGCGGCGCUCGUUAGAUGAUGCAGAGGGCCUCAGUUUGGAAACCAAAAAGGAGUGGGCAUUCCUGCGUAGCGAGAAUCUCUCCCUCAGAGAGCGAGAUGCAACUUUGACUGCUCAGCACAACCAAAUGGAGAAUGAAGUCAAAUCCCUGCAGAGCCAACUCGAGUCUGAGAAAACUCGUUUCAAGAAAAUGCAGGCUGACCUCCAAAAAGAACUGCUCAGGGCUUUUGAUGAGAACACCAAGCUCACUGCGCUUCUGGAUGGAAAAGUUCCUAAAAAUGUACUGGAUAACUUGACUUUGGAGAAAACAGUUGCUGAACUCAAGAAGGAACUCGAGAAGAGCCAGGAGAGUGAAGGAGCUCUACAAAGCAAAAUGGAGGAGUUGGAGGUUCUUCCAGCAAAAGUGGAGGAUUUGUUGAGACAGGUGUGUGAGUUCAGUGGUGAACUUUACUCUGUGCAAAAAGAGAGGGACGAUCUUAUCUCUGCUCAGGCAGUGUCCAAUGAGGACAAUGAAAGACUGAAAGGAGAGGUUGUAAAGGCCCAGGAGGAACUUCAGGAAAUGCAGAAGGAGUUGACUGAUGCAGAACUCAAGAAAGUUCAGCUAAGCGAGCAGUACACGGAGACCACAGAGCAACUUGCAAAAGCCCAAACAGAUCUGGAACACCUGUUGGAGGAAAACGGGAGUCUUCUCAGUGCCUUGGAAGAAGCUAAGCAGAAGUCCGUGCAGUUGGGUGAAGACCUCGAGUCACUUCGCUGUGAAAGAGAGAGGCAUUUGUCAGAGUUGACUACCACAGCUGAACAGAGGAACCAGCUCCAGGAAGCAAUCCACAGCGAAGACUCUGAGCAAGCUGAGAAUGUUCAGAACCUCCAAGCAGAGCUGCAGACUAUUAAGGAGGAAAGAGAUCAACUGAAGAAAGACAUGGAAGAAAACGUCGAGCUGAUGAUCGAAAAUCAAGGAGAAUUGAGGGCAUCUCUGGAGAAGGCAAAAGUGCAAGAAGAUAAAAUACUUCAACUGGAAGCAGAAAAGGCUCAACUGGAGUCCAGACUGUCAAAUCCAGCUGAGAACAGUCUUGUUGAGGAUUUGCAAAUUCAGGUGAAGCAGCUGAAGGAGACUCUGCAGUCUGCGUGUACGGAAAGCGACAACAUUGUGUCUGAGAGAGCUCUUGAUGCGGAGUUGGAGAGGAUGCAGACUAUCAUCAGCUCUCUAACUGAAGAGAGAGACCAGCUUCAAGAGAUCCUGCAGGUUCUGAGAGAAGAGAAAAACCACCUAAAGAAAGAAAUGGAGGAAAAGGAUGAGCUGAUCCUCCGCGUCCAGUCGGAUCUGAACAAGGAACAAUUUUCUGACUCCAGUUGCGUUACUAGUGAGGAGAAUCCAGUUCAGCUACAGCAGGUGCAGGACCUUAAGAAAGAGGCUGAAGAGUUGACUCGGGAGAAUUCCCAACUUCGAACAGAACUUCAAGACCUGACCGACAAGGUUGGUGAGCUCUCAGGAACUCUCAGUGCUGUGCAGGAUGAGAAGAGCAACUUGCUUGUUGCUCAGUCCACCUUGAAUGAACAAAAUCUAAGAGUCAAGGAAGAUCUGGAGAAGGCCCAAGAGGAGCUUGUCAGGAUGGAAAGUCAAAUGAUCGAGUCCCAGCUAAAGGAAGCUGAAAUCAGCCAGCAGCACAUGGAAACCACGGAGCAGCUCGUGAAGGUUCAGGCAGAUCUGGAACACUUUACUGAGGAAAAUGGCAAAUUGCUCGUGUCUUUGGAGGAAGCCAACCAAAAAAUGAUGCAGUUGAAAGAGGAUUUCCAGUGUGCUAGUCAUGAGAGAGAGCGUCUUGUGGCUGAAAAUGCGAAGUGCAACCUGGAGAAGAUUGAGGAGCUGGACAGGCAUCAAGCAAACAUCAGGUCUCUGACUGAAGAGCAAGACCAACUUCUAGAUGUGCUGCACAGUAUGAGGGAGGAGAAGAACCAGCUUCAGUCAGACCUGGAUAAGAAGGACGAAAUGGUGAAGCAGCUGAAGGAGACUCUGCAGUCUGCGUGUACGGAAAGAGACAACAUUGAGUCUGAGAGAGCUCUUGAUGCAGAGUUGGAGAGGAUGCAGACUAUCAUCAGCUCUCUAACUGAAGAGAGAGACCAGCUUCAAGAGAUCCUGCAGGUUCUGAGAGAAGAGAAAAACCACCUAAAGAAAGAAAUGGAGGAAAAGGAUGAGCUGAUCCUCCGCGUCCAGUCGGAUCUGAACAAGGAACAAUUUUCUGACUCCAGUUGCGUUACUAGUGAGGAGAAUCCAGUUCAGCUACAGCAGGUGCAGGACCUUAAGAAAGAGGCUGAAGAGUUGACUCGGGAGAAUUCCCAACUUCGAACAGAACUUCAAGACCUGACCGACAAGAUGAUGCAGUUGAAGGAGGAUUUCCAGUGUGUUAGUCAUGAGAGAGAGCGUCUUAUGGCUGAAAAUGCGAAGUGCAACCUGGAGAAGAUUGAGGAGCUGGACAGGCAUCAAGCAAACAUCAGGUCUCUGACUGAAGAGCGAGACCAACUUCUAGAUGUGCUGCACAGUAUGAGGGAGGAGAAGAACCAGCUUCAGUCGGACCUGGAUAAGAAGGACGAAAUGGUUGGUGAGCUCUCAGGAACUCUCAGUGCUGUGCAGGAUGAGAAGAGCAACUUGCUUGUUGCUCAGUCCACCUUGAAUGAAGAAAAUCUAAGAGUCAAGGAAGAUCUGGAGAAGGCCCAAGAGGAGCUUGUCAGGAUGGAAAGUCAAAUGAUUGAGUCCCAGCUAAAGGAAGCUGAAAUCAGCCAGCAGCACAUGGAAACCACGGAGCAGCUCGUGAAGGUUCAGGCAGAUCUGGAACACUUUACUGAGGAAAAUGGCAAAUUGCUCAUGUCUUUGGAGGAAGCCAACCAAAAAAUGAUGCAGUUGAAAGAGGAUUUCCAGUGUGCUAGUCAUGAGAGAGAGUGUCUUGUGGCUGAAAAUGCGAAGUGCAACCUGGAGAAGAUUGAGGAGCUGGACAGGUAUCAAGCAAACAUCAGGUCUCUGAUUGAAGAGCGAGACCAACUUCUAGAUGUGCUGCACAGUAUGAGGGAGGAGAAGAACCAGCUUCAGUCGGACCUGGAUAAGAAGGACGAAAUGAUGAUGCAGUUGAAGGAGGAUUUCCAGUGUGCUAGUCAUGAGAGAGAGCGUCUUAUGGCUGAAAAUGCGAAGUGCAACCUGGAGAAGAUUGAGGAGCUGGACAGGCAUCAAGCAAACAUCAGGUCUCUGACUGAAGAGCGAGACCAACUUCUAGAUGUGCUGCACAGUAUGAGGGAGGAGAAGAACCAGCUUCAGUCAGACCUGGAUAAGAAGGAUGAAAUGAUACAAGAGCUAAAGGAACUUCAGACUGAGAGAGAGCAAUCAUCGAUAAAGGAUGCAUCAUGCAGCACUAAUGUGGAUGAGGAUGGAGAGAGUCUCCAGGAGAUACUGCAGGGAGUGAGAGAGCUCAUCCAGGUCCAAGGCGAGCUGAAGCAACUGAAGCCGCUGAGUCCUAGAGCCACCCGGAAAGCUGAGCUUCAACAGGCCAAUCAAAUUAUGCAGGUUCUUAAGGAAGAAGUUGGUUAUUUAAGGAAUGAGAGGAUGUUACUCAAAAAAGAGCUUCAGGAAGCUGCUGAAACAUCAAAAGCCUAUCAGAACUUGCUCCAUUCCAUGAAGGAGGAACAGAAGAAGCAGCAGCAGAACGUUGACUCAGUGACCCAAAGUGCUGAAAAGGACUCUGUCCUUCAGCAGCAGGUCAGCCAGCUGAAUGUAAAUCUUUCGUAUUUGAGAGAACAGCUUUUGUCGAAGAAAACCUCUGAGACUCAGAAUUGCAACACGGAGAUGCAGACUCUUCUGACUCGCGUUGUGUUUCUUGAAGAAAAGGCAAAUCUCCAAGAGGAGACGAACCUGAGAUGUGCUCUUCAGGAGAGUGAACAAACGAAGCACAAGCUGAUGGAAGAGCUUCAAAGUCUUGAAGGCAUUAAAGAGCAGCUCCUUAAUGAACAGACACAUGCAGCUCAGCUCCAGGAGGUUUUCCAUGGGGUCCGAGAAGAGAGAGACCAACUCCAGAGGGAACUGGAGAGAAAAAUGGAGGAGCUGUCACACAUUGAGAAAAAGGUACAAGGGCUAGAAAAGGAGAAAAUGCUGCUUGAAUCUAAGGUCAGCUCUUUGAGCCAGUCUCUUCAUGAGGUGAAUGAACACAGUAAUGCACUAUCCAGCGAAGGAAGACUGAAGGUGAUCUUGGAGUUUGAAACCUGUAACACAAAGCUUAAGGUGGCCUUCUUGAAGCUCCAGGCAAUCGUGGACCGUCCAAACCGCAAAGAUCAUCUUGCAGAUGCCAAUAGCAAAGAAAAUGUCUCGUUUUGUCAGCUGUUACGAUUUGUUCCGUUGUCUCAAAGAAGUGUCUUUACUUGUCUGUCUUCCAAAACAAGUCACCUUGAUGACCUGCUUCGGAAAAAUGAGGUCACCUUGCAAAGGCUUGCUGCUCUGCACAAGGCCCACUUCAUGAAACAAGUUCACAGUGAUGUGGCUUCCUUUGAGGAGAGAAGGCUGCAUGACGUGCUUAUUCGCCGAGCUCAGGCUCCCUCACAAUCCUUCCAGAUGGUCCCUGGGGACUUCCAGGAGAUUUGGGACCAGAGACUGUUGGAGCUGUUGGACAAACGCAGGCAGUAUCUGCAGAACAUGAACAGCAUUCUGGACUUCCUGGAGGAUGCUGUUGCCAAACAUGCAGUCACUCUCUCGGAGGAACUUCAGGCACGGACCCGUGCCAAUGAGGAGAUGCGGGCGCUGGCUGGAAGCGCAAACGCAACAGCUAUAGCUCAGUUCUUCGAGCGAGAGCUUGUUCGACGCACAGCUUUGGCAGACCGCCAGAGAAAUUUCCGCAAAAGCAUGUUGGAUAAAUAUGACGCUGCAGUUUCUGUCCUGAAGCCCUUGGAGGAGGAGUCCUUACAGAGAUUGAAGGAGGACAGGAGUGAGUCUCUGGCAUUGCUGCCGUCUCCGAGCAGUGAGAAGCCCAAAACUGAGGCUGACCUACUGCAGGAUAAGCAGAGGCUCUCCCUUCAGUUACAACAGGCUCAAAAACACUUGGAGGUGCUCCAAAAGAAAAUGGAGGAGUUGAAGGCCCAAACAGAUGUGUCGAACCAGAAACAUGCUGCCAAGCUUGAAGAACUGAGCUCUGCUUUAAAGGAGAAGGAGGAUCUCAUCCAGAACCUGCAAAUGAAGCUGAAGGAGUCUGAGGCUCUUGCAAAACUAAAGAGGUCACCUAGUGCUGCAGAAAUGGAGGCCAUGAAGGAUAAACUGGUGAAGAUGGAGCUUGACCACAUCGCUGUAACAACCGGUCAUGAAAAAGAAAUAGCACAGUUAACAGCAGUGGUGGAGCACAGAGGAGAUGUCAUCUACAAGCUGAAGGAGACUCUCAGAAAAACCCAACAGCAGGGUGACCGUUCAUUUAUGGUUGGUGAGGAACCUCAUUCUAACCCUGGCACCCAGGCCAAAGCUUCUGUUUGUCUUAAAGAUAAAAAGAUUGAGGAGUUGGAGAAGAAGAGUGCACAAUUUGAAAGCCUGGUGAACAAGCAACAAGAUGAGAUCACGAAAUGGAAAAACAGAGCUUAUAAGUUGAGAGAAAGUAAGAAAGAAGCUCCUCAUUCCCCACGCACACCAACCAAGCGACCUCUGUUGACAAACAGUGAAGUGAACUCCCCCAAGAAAAUGUUCCUCGACUCUCCAAAAAGCAAGUUCUUCGACGUCCAUGCUGACACAGAGGCGAUGUCGCUUAAGUGCCCAAAGCAAUUCUUUGAUAACUCCAGCCUUGGAACAAUGCCAGACUCUGACCCCAACGCAGCAGGCAGCUCUAGUGAUGCAGAAAGCUGGUGGCGUAUUCCUAACACUUCACCCAGGAAGACCAACCUUAAUCUGGAUGCCAACAACUGUUCAACACAGUGAUUUUUUUUUUUUAAGUGUUUUUUUUUUUUUUUUGACCGACAAAAAGAAAAACAUUUAAUUCGAUUGAUGUUCCUAAAAUUUUUUGAUGUCAUGCCAGUUUCUCUAAUAAAUUUACCGUUUUUAAAGA